UCUCCACCCAUGGGAAUAACCAUGAAGGUGCAUCAACUACCACGUGCAUUCUGGGAGCAGCAUGAACCCUCCCUAACUCUGGGUGGCGGCUGUAAGCGCUUACGCCCUCUUGCUCCCAAGCUAACCUCCCCUGACAGUACAGUCUCCUCCUUUGAUCUCAAGAGCUUCAUUAGACCUGAAAGCCGCCCUAGAAAACUCGGUUCCCCGGAUGACAAGAAAGAUUCACUUCAGGUGGAAACGCAUCCUGGAGGUACGCGGUGGAAUCCAACGCAAGAGCAGAUAGGAAUUUUGGAGAUGCUGUAUAGAGGUGGAAUGAGAACUCCAAAUGCACAGCAGAUAGAGCAAAUCACUGCACAGCUAGGAAAGUAUGGCAAGAUUGAAGGAAAGAACGUGUUCUAUUGGUUCCAGAACCACAAAGCACGCGAGAGACAAAAGCAAAAGCGUAACAGCCUUGGUCUUAGCCACUCACCAAGGAAUUCCAUGCCAGUUACUACCAUAUCCAUAUCUUUAGACACUAGGGGAGAACUUAUGGAAAGAGAUCAGGGGGACAGUCCAUACAAGAGGAAGUGGCGGAGCUGGUCGUUCGAGUGCUUGGAAGAAGAAAGCAGAUUAUCAUGUAAAGAUGAGGACAACAGAACUCUAGAGCUCUUCCCGUUGCACCCGGAAGGCAGAUGAAGGGGUUUCAAAAAAAGAAGCGUAAACCAAAAAAUUUGGUUUAGAUUCUUAUUCUGAUCUGCUUUGUUGUAAUGCAUGCCCUAGCUUUUCUUUCUUUCUUUCUUUCUUUUGGUUCAGAAAAAAAGAAAGAAAGACAAAGUUAUCUCUUUGUACUCUCUACUGCUAGCUUAUUAUUCCUGACUUGGAACCAAAGCGGUUUGCCGAUGCCACUCUUUAUGUUUUGUGUGUGUGUGUGUGUGAUCCUUUUGACAAUAGGAAUGGGUGAAGCUUUUAGGUUAAAAGUGGUCGCUCUCCCACACUGAAGUCCACGUACCUACUUCGCGUCCUUAAGACCUAUUCGACCCUUGAUUUUUCUUAAGUUUGAAAAUGGACAAAGAAAAAAUGGCACCGUAU